ACCUACGAAGGUGGCUUCGGAAGUCAGCCGGGUAUCGAGGCGCAUGGUGGCUACACGUUCUGUGCACUGGCGGCUCUUUGUAUCCUCGAUCGUGUCAACUUGAUCAACACACCGCGUCUCUUACGUUGGGUUACGCAUCGUCAGAUGGCCAGUGAAGGCGGCUUCCAGGGCCGUACUAACAAAUUGGUCGAUUCCUGCUAUUCUUUCUGGCAGGGUAGUUCCAUAGCCAUUCUAGAAGAACUUUUUUCUGCCUCAGGAGAUACAGCUUUGGUGAUGGGGGAAUCCCUCUUUAACACGAGUGCACUCCAGGUAGGUCUUUUUUCAAGACGGUUUUCUAAUUAA